GUCGUCAUAGAUAAGAAAGAAGAGGACAGAUUGCGGCGAAAGCGAAGAUUUUUUAAAAUGUAAAUGUCACCGGUUCGACCAAUACGCCUAGACGAUUUAUUGUGGCAGGUACUGCACGUAACGUGGUUCUCCUGUAGUUGGUACUGGUCUUGAGUGGGCAAACCGGGUACUCCGAUUCAAAAUGUUGCCGCAGUGAAUACCCUUCGCGCAUUUUACACGGUGUGUUUCACUUUUGGGUUGCUGUUGUUUAUUUUACAUGAUUCACAGCUUUUUUAAUGAAACAGAUGAUACGCACUGUGAUACGAUUGUGCCAUAACACUUCAAUUAAGCCGGAUGAACCGAGUUUUCGUGUGCUGUGGUAGUUGGUGGAUGAUUUAUAUUUUUUAAGUUAGUUUAAGAAGAUAUGGUCGGAAAAAUGGAUUAUUCCAGCGGUUGCAUUACAUCUUGGAGAAUUUAUGAUAAAGAACAACUAUUUACGAGUACUGUAGCAACAUCAUCUUAUUUAAAACGAAUACGAGGUGGAAUAAGUUAUUCUUUUCCAUACUUGGGACAAAGUUUUUUUGGACCUGAAGACGGAUUUUUGGAAAAAAUACAGUGGGAAGUGGAAACUCCACCUGAAAAACUGAAAAAUAAAGAUGUUACCGUAACGCUUAAAGCCUCAGAUACCGAUUAUACGCGUUCGAUAAGUAACUGUAAUUGGAAGGUUAAUUUGGUGAUAUUUUUGAGGGAAAAGUCAUUAGAGACCGAGUUUACGGUGACAAAUACAGGAAAAUACUACCCCAUGGGUAUGAUGCUACGACAAAAUGUCCAUAUGUGUCUUCCAAAUGUAUUUUACUCGAGUAUAAGUGGAUUUGAAGAUUUCAAAAACGAGACCAAUUUUUUCAACAUUAAGUAUGAUGUUUUAUGCAAAGAAGACUUGGAAAAACCAGAAGUGUUAAGUUUGGUUUACUUGAAAUCUCCAGAUGAAUUUUCCAUAACAGAAACGGAGGGAGAAGGAACAAUAAAAGUUAUAAAGGAUAAUCAACCUCAUAUUCAUUUUCAUAGCGAGUGCUGUAAAUUUGAGCAACUCGAUAGAUAUUUAGAAGACGAGCAAAAUUAUAACUGCUUUUACAUUAAAACCGGAAACUUUAAGGAUGUAAAAUAUUUAAGACCUGAAGAAUCUCAUUCUGUUAAAUUUUCAUUGGAAAAAAUCUUUCCUGGAGAGGAUAACGAUGCAUGGAUGUAUGAGGAUAUAUUUAAAAACUACUGUUAA